AUGACACCAGCAGCGAGGUGCUGGAUGGGCUCUAGAAGGUAUCCAAGGGAGUGCACCCAAAACAAGAAGGAGAUGGAGAGGGUCAUCAAGAACCUCAUCAAGAUGGUCAUCAAGCUGGCCGUUCUCCACAGGAACAAUCAGUUCAAUCAAGAUGAGUUGGCACUGAUGGAGAAGUUCAAGAAGAAGGUUCUCCAGCUUGCCAUGAUGGUGGUCUGCUUCCACCUUGUGGAAUACACCUUUGACCGCAACAUGCUGUCCAGGCUGCUGAAUGAGUGUCAAGAGCUUUUGCAUGACAUCAUUCAGCGCCACCUCACUGUCUCACAGGCUGUUAAUAAUGUCUUUCAUCAUUUUUCAGACUGUGGUUUUUUGGCUGCCUUGUAUAAUCUCUUUGGAAAAUUUAAACCUCACUUAUAG